GCCGUCUCCUGAGCGCCUCACGGUCCGGCCACAGCAAAGAAGGAGCCCUAGUCCGGGCGGGCCGCCUCAGCCGGGCUUCGGCACCUCCCUGCCAGCCGCGCUCCCGCCCGGGUUCCUCCGAGGGGAUUAGUGGGCUGCCCGCGCGGCUCGGCGGCCCGGGAGCCAUGUUGUCCGGGGGGCUUGGCAACGCGUGAGGGACCCGCGGCCCCUCCCGAAGGCUCCGGACCCUAGGCGAGAGCCGGAAGGCGGCUGCGGAGGCCUGCGCCUCAGAGGCGCCUUGGGUCCGCCAGCCGCUGGGACCCGGACCUGCAUCCGGUCGCCGCGGGCGUCGGCGGAGCCGCUCACCCUCAGCGCCUCGCCUCGCGACGCGGCCCCCGCACUUGCUGGAUAUUUCAAGUUGCAUUCAGUUGAUAGGAUGAAAAAAUUUAAGAGAAGGCUAUCCCUCACUCUUCGAGGAAGCCAGACUAUUGAUGAAUCAUUGUCUGAAUUGGCAGAGCAAAUGACUAUUGAAGAAAACAGUAGCAAGGAUAAUGAGCCUAUUGUGAAGAAUGGCAGGCCUCCAACCUCUCACAGUAUGCAUUCCUUCCUCCACCAGUACACAGGGUCCUUCAAGAAGCCCCCAUUGCGGAGACCACAUAGCGUUAUUGGAGGAAGCCUUGGAUCCUUCAUGGCAAUGCCCAGAAAUGGAAGCAGAUUAGAUAUUGUUCAUGAAAAUCUAAAAAUGGGAUCAGAUGGUGAGAGUGACCAAGCUUCUGGAACAUCAUCUGAUGAAGUACAGUCACCUACGGGUGUUUGUCUUAGAAAUCGUAUACAUAGACGGAUCUCAAUGGAGGAUUUAAAUAAGCGGUUAUCACUGCCUGCAGAUAUCAGAAUACCUGAUGGAUAUCUUGAAAAAUUGCAGAUAAACAGUCCACCGUUUGAUCAACCAAUGAGCCGAAGGUCUCGUAGAGCUUCUUUAUCAGAAAUUGGGUUUGGAAAAAUGGAAACCUAUAUCAAAUUGGAAAAGCUUGGAGAGGGUACAUAUGCAACAGUAUAUAAAGGAAGAAGUAAAUUGACAGAGAAUUUGGUGGCAUUAAAAGAGAUCCGGUUGGAACAUGAAGAAGGUGCACCCUGCACAGCUAUAAGAGAAGUUUCACUAUUAAAGGAUCUAAAACAUGCAAAUAUAGUAACCUUACAUGACAUUGUUCAUACAGAUAAAUCUUUAACUCUGGUCUUUGAGUAUCUGGAUAAGGACCUAAAACAGUACAUGGACGACUGUGGAAACAUCAUGAGUAUGCACAAUGUAAAGCUGUUUUUAUACCAAAUUCUACGUGGUUUGGCAUAUUGCCACAGAAGAAAGGUAUUACACCGAGACUUGAAACCACAGAAUCUACUCAUUAAUGAAAAAGGAGAAUUAAAGCUAGCAGAUUUUGGGCUAGCCAGAGCCAAGUCAGUUCCCACAAAGACCUACUCCAAUGAAGUCGUCACACUGUGGUACCGGCCACCUGAUGUGCUUCUCGGUUCCUCAGAGUACUCAACACAGAUUGACAUGUGGGGUGUUGGUUGCAUUUUCUUUGAAAUGGCUUCUGGAAGACCUCUGUUUCCAGGCUCAACGGUGGAAGAUGAACUGCACUUGAUUUUCCGACUGCUAGGAACACCAUCUCAGGAAACUUGGCCAGGUGUUUCUUCAAAUGAUGAGUUCAAGAACUACAACUUCCCAAAAUACAAACCACAGCCUCUAAUUAACCAUGCACCCAGAUUAGACUCUGAGGGAAUCGAGCUAAUAACAAAGUUUCUUCAGUACGAAUCUAAGAAAAGGAUUUCAGCAGAAGAGGCCAUGAAACAUGUAUACUUUCGAAGUCUGGGACCAAGAAUACAUACUUUACCUGAAAGUGUAUCAAUAUUCAGUUUGAAAGAGAUUCAGUUGCAAAAGGACCCGGGUUUUCGAAAUUCUUCUUAUCCAGAGACAGGACAUGGGAAGAACAGAAGACAGAGCAUGCUCUUUUAAGUCUGAUAAAAUGAUUUCAAGCCCAGCCCCCAGCCUUUCUUAUCAAUCAAGGACUCAGAUCUGAAGGCAAUUAUUUCUUUUGGUGGACUUGGAAUCUCCGUUUGUCUACACUGUCCUCUUCACAGUGGAGUCUUUUUAUUUCAGACCUACAGAUUGUUUUUAUAUUUGUUGUCACAGUGUGACAAUUUUUUUGUACAGUUGGUUUUAAGGUCUUCUCUGCCAUUAGAGCCAGUAGGUUACAGCUGUUGAUGUAACUGUAGCUGCAAUUUUUGUGCAGGACUGAGAAACACAGUGCAUUAUUUAUUGCGGAAUCAUUGCUGCUAAAUAACUACUGUCUGUUUAUUUAACACAACAGUUAAAUGCCUGAAGAAGUUGCAGUGGCUUUAUUAGAUGUGAAUGCAUCUGUUUCUCCUCACGAAUUGUUUUACUGCUGCAUUUCUUGUUUGUUUUUAAAAUUAAACUGCAGUGUUUCCUGGAAUGUAAAUUUAGCUUUGCUUAACAGUAAAAUAAGUGAGCCAUCUUGAACACUCUAAGUUCAUGCUAUAUAAUUUUUUAUUGAACAUCCGCAAGUAGAGUAGCUAAGAAAUUGAUGAGCACAUUAUGUUUAGGAAAGCAUGUGAUGCAGAAGUUGAUUCAAGCAAGUGAAUAUCUGACUUUCUGGGGAUCUCACAUUAGAUACCAGUAAAUUAAAGCACCGAAAUUAUUUAUUUUUACCUGUCCUCAUUUUAGAUAUAUUUACUGCAUAUUAUUGGAUAUGUGUAUACUAAUACACUUACCUAUUUUCCAUUGUGUUUUAAUUUAGUUAAAACUAAACCAUACAAGUCCAGUGAAAUAUGUGAGGUCUUAUUUUCAUCUUAAAUACGAUUCUUUUAUUAGAAGGGAUGAUACUUUUUUGGGGAGCCAUUUAUUUCCUUUGGGGGGGUGCUGUGUGUGUAUUUGUAUGUUUUAAUAACCUUCACUUGGAAUCAGCUAAAAGCUGUAAUAUGUCUUUGAAAUGAGCCAUGAUAAAUACAAAUGAGAGAAACAAGAACUUAGAGGAUUGUUUUAAAGCAUUGUGGGUAUUAAUGUGUUUAUCAGAGAUAGUAAAUAUUACAGUUUCAAUUAUGCAUCUCUUUGAACAUCAUAAACACACCUUGGUGUUGGUAAGUGUUUUAAGCAUUUGUGUUAACUUUUAAGGACGUUUGUUUAUUUAGUGCAUCUUACAAACUACAAAUCUUAAUUGGUAUAUUUUGAAAUGGUCAUGUAAAUUUUUGGCUUAUAUAUCAUGAAAAUAAUCAUAACUUAAUUUUUUUUUUCCUGAUAUUCACUGUAAAACAUUCAGGGGUCCUACCAUUUCUGUUCAGGAAAUCUUGUAGUUUAUUGCUAUUUAACAGUAUUAAGUGAACUUUUGUAUAUUUCAUUUUAACUUUAUUUGUGAAUAGUGAUUGUGGCAUGUUUGGGUGUUAUUUUAAUAUUUCAUGAUACAGAAAUUUUAAUUUUUAAAAAAAUUUUCUGGAAGAAACAGAUUCAUGUGUAAUGGUGAAUAUUAGACCACUACUGCUUUUCACAAUUGUAAAUUGGUUUUAUGUUAAACCCUGUAGCCUAACAAACUGCUGUUAUUUCUAACUGACAGACAUGUAUUAAUAUUGUACUUUGAAGGUUAUAUAUAUUAUGUGGAAAUUCCUCCAUUUUGUUUUGAAAUUUAUAACAAGAUCUUCAUGUUGUUAAAAUGUGGUUUUGUUGAGUCACAGUUCUUUCUGGGGGAAGAAAGCUAUGCAGAAUGGGAUCAUUUUCCUUUAUGGUUUCAUUUUUAAGAUCAUGAAGUCUCACUGUGCCAGUUUUGAUAUUUAAUUUAUAUUUGUGCUGGCCAUUCAUUUAGAAAUCUUCACUGUAAAUUUAUAGGAUAGUACUCAAUUAUAAAGCUGUGAGAUUUUUCAUUUCAUAGGUUAUAUAAAUGAUACUUUACAAAUUUCAUAUAGCUAUCCAUAAGUUUGAUAUUCUUACAUAUAAAAGGUGAAGAAAUACAUCCAGUAGUUAUAUAAAAUUCUUCUUCCUAGGAAGUCCUAGGGAUGGUUCUUCAUUUUAUUAAGGAAUUUGAUAUUUUUUUUGAUACUUGAGCACCACCAUUCAGAUCCUGAAAACUUUGCAGUGAAGAGAAUUGAAUCUCAGAAAUUUUGAACCUUGAACACUUAAACUGACAUGGUUUGAAAGGUAAGAGAGGAUACCUUUUUUGUUUUCCUUCCAAGUGAUAUUGUUAACACACAUUGAAUAUGUCACUCUAGGUGUAUAGAAGUGGCUCCAUUCUAUCUGAUGCUUUAUUACACUUGGAAUACUACUUGUUAACAUGUUACAAUAAUCUAUCUUUUGGAUCCAGGAAAAU